AUGGUCUUUUACUUCACGUGCUCGGACCCUCGCUAUGUCAUCUACAUGGGCCGCGACAAGCACGAGAACGAGCACCUCAUCGCGUACGGCUGGCCAGAAGACCUGUGGUUCCACGUCGACAGCCACUCGAGCGCGCACGUCUACCUGCGGCUGCCCAAGGGCGAGACGAUUGACGACGUUCCCGACGAGAUCGUGCAGGAGUGCAGUCAGCUGUGCAAGGCCAACUCGAUCGAGGGCUCCAAGCUCUCGCACGUGCGGAUGAUCUACACGCCGUGGGCGAACCUCAAAAAGACGGAGGGGAUGGCCGACGGACAGGUUGGCUACCACUCUCGCGGCGCGGUGCGGCACACGAUGGUGGAGCACCGGGUCAACGCGGUGGUCAACCGGCUGAACAAGACCAAGGCGCGGGCGCCACUUCGGCUGCUCUCCCCUUGA